GUGUCUCAGAUGAAGGCUGUGCUGCUCUCACUUCAGCUCUGAGAUCAAACCCUUCACACCUGAGAGACCUGUAUUUGACUGGGAAUGAAAUGGGAGACUCAGGAAAGAAGCUGCUCUCUGCUCUUAAGGAUGAUAAACAUUGCAAAUUACAGACACUUGAGUUGUCUAAAUGUGGUGUCUCAGAUGACAGCUGUGCUGCUCUGAGUUCAGCUCUGAGAUCAAACCCCUCACACCUGAGAGAACUGAAUCUGACUAAUAAUAAUCUGGGAGACUCAGGAGUGAAGCGUCUCUGUACUGUACUGGAGAAUCCUCACUGUAAACUGGAGAUACUGGGGUUAUAUAAGUGUGGUGUCUCAGAUGAAGGCUGUGCUGCUCUGAGUUCAGCUCUGAGAUCAAAUCCCUCACACCUGAGAGAACUGGAUCUGUCUAAUAAUAAUCUGGGAGACUUAGGAGUGAAGCAUCUCUGUGCUGUACUGGAGAAUCCUCACUGUAAACUGGAGACACUAAGCUCUGAGACCAAGAACACAAACGCGAAUGAGCAUGCGACUCGGGGGAGGAACGCAGUGCGGUAGACAUGGGGUUUUCAUGGUAACCAUCAGCGCACUUUC